AUGGUAUCAAAAGAGAUAGAGAACUUUCUACGUAUUGUGUAUUUAAACUACAGCGUAGCCAUUAGAGCACUUACAACAUUCUUUGAUAAACUACACCCAGACUUAUCGGCUGAUUUACAUAUCACAGGGAACAAAGCUUCACUCAAACAGCUGCUACAUCCAUCUCCUGGUAGAAAACGUGUUCUCUAUCAAGGACAAUGGAAUAUUCUGUAUCCUCCAACAGAAAAGAAGGAACUUAAACAGCUAACAACAAAUCUAGAAGAAAUGAUAAAAAUAAAGGGAGGCAACCUAGAAAGACUUUUUGGAAAAAGUAAACAAAACAUAAUAGGUAUGUUAUAUGAACGACUGAAUAAUUGUGAUAGUGAAGUUGACACCCUUAAAUUAGAACCAGAAUUAUUGCAGAACAAAUGGAAUAAACAAGAGAAAGAUCAUAUUCCGUUACAUAUUCGAGCUCAACAUGAACAAGAAAUAUCGGAUUGGGAACAAGACAAAAAGACGUUUGAUGAAACCAGAGCAAUUGAAUACAUACUUGAAUCCUUAUAUUCCAAGCAUUGUAUAGUUGUGACAGGGAGCUCGGGUUGUGGAAAAUCUUCAAACAUACAUCAUGCCGCCUUACAUUUACGUGACAAGUAUGGGUAUGAGAUAAUACCUGUGAUUGCAGGACCGUCAGAUAUAAUAAACUAUUAUAAAGAAAAUAUACCACAAGUGUUUGUUGUAGAUGACAUUUGCGGAAAGGAAACAAUCAGCAAACUCACAUUACAGAUCUGGAGAGACUAUUCCGAAAAUUUGGAAAAAAUAUUUUCAAAUGAAAAAAAUACAUCAGUGAAUACGAAUCCUCACCAGGUUUCAGGUCAAAAACUACUGGUUUCCUGUAGACUACAUAUAUUCAAAGAAUCACAGUUUCAACGUAUUACAUUACUGACCAAAAAAGAAUGCAAUAUAUUAUCAUCAGAUUUAUGUCUGCUAUCGAAAGAAAGAAUGUUCAUUAUGCAAAAAUACCUUCCGGAUAAUAUUAUUGACACGCUAAUGCCAUUGGUGGGGGAUCUUGACUUUUUUCCCUUAAUCUGUAAAAUGUCAAAAAAUAAAACAUUACAAGAAGUCAAGAAACUUUUUACAGAUCCUGUAGAUAUUAUUGAAAGGAACAUACACUGCAUAAUUUCCGAAAGCAAAUUGCAAUUCUGUGCUAUUGUUCUGUGUAUCGUAUUUGAUGAUGGAUUCAGAACAGAUUGGCUAAAACUAACAUCAACUCCAGAGACGAAGAGAGCAAAAUUUGAACAUAUAGUUAAAGAGUUAUCGAACGAAAUGUCAAGAAAUUAUUUAAAAGACUGUUUCAGAACCUUAAAUGGAACCUAUUUAAAACAAAAAGGUACAAGGUACAUAAUGAUACAUGGCAAAAUCUAUAAAAUGGCAGCUAUUAUAUGUGGGCAGCAACUUACAGAAUGUUUUAUCAAAUAUACCCCUUCUAUAUUUAUAAGGGAUCAUUUCAUUUUUGAAUCUGUAACCGAAGUUCUAACAAAUGAUGACUUGAUAGUUAUUUCCAAAGACCAAGAAGAAGAAUAUUUUGAAAGAUUGUUAUGUGACUUAAAACAGCAUGUCAUAACAAGUACAUUCCAUAAUUCACAGUUAAUAUUCAGGUCAUUCAUCGAGAACUUUAUAAGUUUUCUUGUGCGGAGUGAUGAUGCAAAAGCAUUACUCAAAAAGCUUGAAGUAGUAGUAGGCGUAAUAUCGAGAGACAAUGAACAACAACUAAUUAAGUUAAUGUCAACCUUUUGUACAACACCUUUAAUUGAAGUAGCAGCAGAGUCCCCAUUGUUUUUGGCCUGUGAUAGAGGUCAUAAAGAUAUAGUAGAACUGUUACUGGAGAAUAAUUCUGAUGUCUCGAAGUGUAACAUUUAUAAAGAUUCACCACUGUAUGCGGCUUGUCAAAGAGGACGUACAGAUAUAGUAAAACUGUUAUUACAGAGCGAUGCUAACGUCUCUGAAUGUUACAGUGAUGGAGUUUCUCCAUUGGUUGUGGCCUGCAAGGAAGGACAUACAGAAACAUUAGAACUUUUACUCCAAAACAAUUCGAAAUUCCAUUCGCAUGACAUUGAUUAG